AUGGCGGACGGAGGAGCAGCGAGUCAAGAUGAGAGUUCAGGACCAGAUGUUAAAGUGAAUAAUCAGUCAGGAACUACCAAAUGUGCAAUGGACAGUAGCAACAAUAAUACCGGAAUCCACAACAAUGGAUUGGACUUUCAAAGGCAGACGUUGCCAAAUACAAGUGCACUCACAAAUGCUCAUGCACAAGCCCUCCUGCAACAGUCUAAGUCGGGAGACUCGAGUGCUCUUCCGACCUCCGUUCAGCAGAGUGUCUUGCCUCAAACACAGCUAAUGUUGGCCGGCGGACAGAUAGCUGGAUUGACCCUGAGUCCAGCGCAGCAGCAGCUGUUGCUCCAGCAGGCCCAGGUGCAGGCCCAGCUCCUGGCAGGCCUGGCAGGACAGCACUCGGCCAGCCAGCAGAACAGCACCACAGGGGCCAGCAUCUCGGCGUCUGCAGCCACUCCCAUCACACAACUGCCCUUAUCUCAGCCCAUCCAGAUCACCCCUCAGCUACAAACUUUACCCCAGUUUGUUUUGGUCCAACCUGGCCACCACAUCACUACGCCUCUGUCCACCCAGCUUAUCUUGUCUCCUACACAGCCGGGCCAGCAGGGUCUGUAUUUGAAUGAAUGCAUAUUGCAAGCCCAAAGUCUUUUAACUCAACUACCUCAUAGCCAAGCCAACCUCCUGUCUACUCAAGCAAACAUCUCCCUCCAGACUCAGCCUGCUACUCCGACCCGCACAACAACCGCUACUCCUAAUAUUGUCCACAGUCAGACACCCCCAAAGAGACUAGAUACCCCCACCCUCGAGGAGCCCAGUGAUCUGGAGGAGCUGGAGCAGUUUGCCAAGACCUUCAAACAAAGACGUAUCAAACUUGGCUUUACACAGGGUGACGUGGGCCUGGCAAUGGGGAAGCUCUACGGAAAUGAUUUCAGCCAAACGACCAUCUCACGCUUCGAGGCCUUGAAUCUAAGCUUUAAGAACAUGUGCAAACUCAAGCCACUGCUGGAAAAGUGGCUGAACGAUGCAGAGAGCCUGACAUCCGACCAGGCGCUGUCGAGCCCCAGUGCGCUGGGCUCUCCGGGCAUGGGCUUAGAGGGCAUCAACCGCAGGCGCAAGAAGAGGACGAGCAUUGAGACCAACAUCCGAGUGGCCUUAGAAAAGAGCUUUCUAGAGCAGAACCAAAAACCUACCUCCGAGGAGAUCACCAUGAUUGCUGACCAGCUGAACAUGGAGAAGGAGGUCAUCAGAGUCUGGUUCUGUAAUCGUAGACAAAAAGAGAAGCGGAUUAACCCCCCGAGCAGUGGAAAUAUGGGAGGCAACACCCCUAUCAAAACCAUCUUCACGCCCAACAGCCCCCUGGUGGCGAGCACGGCCAGUCUCGUGAGCAGCCCCACCAUCAGCACCCCCACCACUCUGACCGUGAACUCCGUCAUCCCCCUCACCAGCACCAGUGUGUCCUCUUUGCCUUUCACAGCCACUACAGGCGGAGUCACCAACACUGCGUCGGUCAUCUCCACGGCACCCGUAAUAACCACGGCCACCAGCUCUCCGUCCCUCAGUCCCUCCCCCACCAUCCAGGCCACCACCACCGAGAGCAAGUCCCAGGCACACAGCGUAGCCCCUCACACCACGUCUUCCAUUGCCACGUCUCUGGAGGGGGGGCAGGUGAUGUUGUCCACCCAGGGCUUCUCGCCGCUGCAGUCGGCUCAGUUGCCCACCAGCGCGAGCUUUGCUGCCAUGGCUGCCGCGGCGGGAUUCAACCCUGGCCUGAUGGCGUCUUCGCAGUUUGCACCAGGGGGAGCUCUUCUCAGUCUGGGUCCUGGGGGCCUUGGUAGUGCACUCAUGAACAACAGUACGCUGGCAACGAUACAAGCAGCCCUGGCAUCCAGCACAAUCCCCAUAACGUCUCUGGAUGGAAGUAACUUUCUGUUUGCCAACACCAGCGGCGGUAACACUCCCAACCUGGUAACCAACCUAUUCCUGCCCCAAAACCUGUCGCUGCUCACUCAGGGCAAUCCAGUGAGUUUAGUGUCCACUGGGGCAGGAGGGCUGCAGGUCACCACUGACACAGGAGCUGUGCCAGUGCAAGCCUCCACUAUAACUACUGCCUCCAAAGCUCAGUGA